AUGAUUAAUGAAGUAACGAAGAGCUUGCCCAGGGAUCCUUGCUCCAAGAAGGAGUGGACAGAGGCUGUGGUGGAAGAGACGGUGGUGCGAGAUGCCGGUGCCGGUUUUGGUUCGCUAGCGCUGGAGAAACAACAGUAUCUGCUGUCGAACGAUCUUUACAAAUGUGCGUCAGGGGACUCGCUGUCGUCUUUGCAGCAGCUCGCGGACAAGACCGCGAGCGAGUCGCCUCCGAGGAAAAAGUUCAUCCUGGAGGACCACUCCACGUAUACGUGUGGCGGAUCGGUGCGUUCUGCGUGGCCGUCGGCGUGCAGCUCAUCGACCACCACGAACUUCCUGCGGCCUCGCAUGGAGUUCUCAGGAUACCAGAUAUCGGGAUACAAGAAGUACCAGAUCGAGGUGGCUUUGAAGACGGUGGAUCUGCCCCUGAACCGGUGCAGCUCGCUCACGCCGCAUCUGACCGGGUUUCUGACGAUCUGCGGGCUGACGAACCAGCACCCGGAGAUCACCACCUACUUCGAAGCGUUCGCAGUCACCCACAAGGAGCUCGGGUUCCUGUCGUCCAGUUGGCCCGAGGACUCGCCCAUGAGUCCCUACAGGGCGGACGACCAGACCGACCUGGAGCACUGGCUCAAUUUUCCGGCGUUCAAGCAGCUUUUCUUGCCGGCGCUGGGCGACUCGCCCAGCUCGCGCCCGACGCUGAACGACGUGAUAGAAGGCGAUUACGAGUUUGCAAACUACUUAGAACAAAGGUUCAUCUUCAUGAGGUGGAAAGAGAAGUUCCUGGUGCCGGACGCCCAGAUAGACGGGAUCGCGGGAGCCUCGUACGACGGCUUUUACUACAUCGUACAUGACCAGGUCACUGGUAACAUGCAGGGUUUCUACUACCACAAGGACGCUGAGAAGUUCCAGCAGUUGGAAUUGAUACCCUCCUACAAAUCGCUGUCAAGCUGCACCGAUUGUACUUUUGAAUUUGCAUAG